CGCGCCCCCGAUCCGUUUGCAUGCACUCUCGAUCCGCACUCAGUCGCAUCCAAAAGGGGGCCCUUAACUGUCUACUCUUCGACUGUCAGGGAAGUGCAAAGUAAAACGGCAGCUUUUGCUAUCCGAUAAACCUGUCGUUGAUACGACACGCGAUACGAGCCCCCCUCCCCCUCAAACUGUGCGAAAGCGACUGAUUUUUGGACAGAAACGAUGGCGGAAUCGGGCAGUAGCGCGGCGGUAGCCGGAGCAGCGGGCUCGAAUAGCAGCGCCGCCGGAGCCGGAGGAGCGGUCGCGCCCGGGGGAGCGAAUGGAGCAGCGGGAUCCAAGCCUGGCCUGGAAUCUGUGAAGGGACAGAAUUUUGACGUCGGCCCCCGCUACACCGAUCUACAGUACAUCGGGGAGGGGGCCUACGGGAUGGUCUGCUCCGCUUUUGAUCAUGUGAAUAAGAUCCGAGUGGCCAUUAAGAAGAUCAGUCCAUUUGAACACCAGACCUACUGCCAGCGCACCCUGAGGGAGAUCAAAAUUCUCCUGCGGUUCCGCCAUGAGAACAUCAUCGGCAUCAAUGACAUCUUGAGAGCACGCCGCAUCGAUUAUAUGAGGGAUGUCUAUAUCGUACAGGACCUGAUGGAGACCGACCUUUACAAAUUGCUGAAGACACAGCAACUCAGCAAUGAUCAUAUCUGCUACUUUCUGUACCAGAUACUGCGAGGGCUGAAAUACAUUCACUCUGCCAAUGUGCUGCACAGAGACCUGAAGCCCUCGAACCUUCUCAUCAACACCACUUGCGACCUCAAGAUCUGUGACUUUGGACUGGCAAGGAUAGCCGACCCAGAGCAUGAUCAUACCGGAUUCCUUACGGAGUAUGUGGCUACUCGCUGGUACCGUGCCCCUGAGAUCAUGCUUAACUCCAAGGGCUACACUAAGUCCAUUGAUAUCUGGUCCGUGGGAUGCAUCCUUGCUGAGAUGUUGUCAAACAGACCCAUCUUCCCGGGGAAGCACUAUCUGGACCAACUCAACCACAUAUUGGGUAUUUUGGGUUCCCCCUCUCAAGAUGAUCUCAAUUGCAUCAUCAACAUGAAGGCUAGGAAUUACCUUCAGUCUUUACCCCAGAAACCAAAAAUCCCAUGGAACAAGCUGUUCCCCAAAGCAGACAACAAAGCUCUGGAUUUGUUGGACCGUAUGUUAACCUUUAACCCCAUCAAACGUAUAACCGUGGAGGAAGCACUGGCCCACCCCUACCUGGAACAGUACUUUGACCCCUCUGAUGAGCCAGUUGCUGAAGAACCCUUCACUUUCAACAUGGAGCUGGACGACCUUCCUAAAGAGAAGCUGAAAGAACUCAUCUUUGAGGAGACUGCACGCUUCCAGGCCAACUACCAGGGAUCCUGAAAGAGACUGCCAUCACGGAGAAUGACCAAGCAGUGUGAAGUCUAAGAUUACGAUAACUACAGGCAACCUGCGAAAACAUAUAUACAUUACAAGACAAAAAUUAUUAAAAAAAAGAAUUUACAUUUAAAACUUCAGCUUUCUAUUAUCUGUCCAUCUCUCUUGCUGGGAAGCUGUGUACUAGUUUGGGCUUAUAACCUCUUAUCAUAAAUCCAUUAAUGGGGGCUGUCAGACUCUCUAUUCUCAUUGCAUACUGCACAGCUCCUACUCUCUGAAACAAUUGCAUCUUUCACCCUUUCUGUCGAAACCCUCUCUCUCUCUUUCUCUUAAUGUCUCUCUAGAGGGUGUCUCUUUACUGGUCUGUGUUGUUCUGGGUGUUUUUUUCAUUCCAUCAGAGGUGGAGAGAGAAAGAGAUUCUUUACGAUAGGCACUGACUUGUGUGUGUGUGUGUGUGUGUAUAUAAGUGGUUUUGAAUUUCAUUGGAGUAUUGUACGUUUGAGAUCUGUUUGUACACUGUAAUUUGAAUGUUACGAUCAGUUACAAAUCGUGUUUUGUAAUGUUGGAAAUUUAUAUUUGAAUAUCUUUUGAAAAUAUGUCAUUGCUUGUUUCAUUUUUUUUUUUUAUUAAUUCAAAGACAAAUGUUACAUAAUGAGCUUGGACUUUUUAUCUUUUUUUUUUUUUAUUGUGAGAAAGAGGUAUUGUUUUAAUUAUUGAUGAUAAAUAUUUCACGUUAAAGAGAAAUGGCAGGAUAAAAAGAGGAAAGAUUGCCAGUUAUGGAAUAAUAUCCCGGAUAUCAUCUGCUGUAAAAUAUCAUGUUCUGUGUUAGAACUGUGACUUUUCUUGGCAGUGCUCUUGGAAAAUUAAGCCAUCCGUAUCAUCUUUUAUAUGCUGGCUUUCUUUCCCUCUUUCUCUCUUUCUUCAACCUGUUAGAUGAUUUCUCCUCAUUUGUUCAUUUCAUGGUGGCUCUUUGCUGUGCAGACCUUCAUCAUGCAUUCUUUUCCCCUUUUAUUGGGGGGGGGUGAUACUGAUUUCUUUGAAAAUAACAAUAGUUGCCAUUGGUUACUAUGUCCAUGGCAACUGUUGCCAUGAUUCCUUUAUAAUAAGUCACGCAUAGCUCCCCACCAUCCAUCUUUGUUCUUAUUGCAAAUAUUGGUCCCUCACUCUACGUUAAGACUGUUCUUUUUUUUGCGUCAUCCUUUGUUCUUCACUUGUCCUGGAUCAAUUGAGGAAUCAUAGCCAAGCUUAACUCUUUCAGAGCCAUAGAAAAUUUUUCUCAUUCCCUCCCUGUGAUGUCAGAACUUUUCAAAGGGCUUUUCCACAGGGCUUGCUGACCUCAUGCCUCUCUUGCCUGUGAUUGGCUAACCUUGUGUUUAUCUAGUCUCCGAUUGGCUGACUCUGCAUGCAUUGCGUCACAGGUAAAAUCAAAUUUUUUUCUCCCUCUUGCAAAAAUGACUUGGCUUUCUUGCAUUUUUAAGUAAAUAACCCCCCCCCAUACUGUUUUUUGCAAAAUCCCCAUUGGCCAAUCAUGGCUGAGAAAAGCAUGUUUAAGUGGGAAGAGUAAAAAUUGCACAGUGUGAACCUGUUUUGCAUAAAUACAGGGUGUUAUUUGCAUAAAUUAAUGCACCCCCCUGUGUAAAAUCCCAUUGAGUCGAGCCCUGACUGCAGAGCAAGUUCACCUGGUGAAAGCACUCGCACGUCAAUCAUGUGAAAUUACUCAAUCAGUGCACCUGCUCUUUGUGUCUCCAUGACCAAACUUUUUGUUUCGGUUUUUAGUGCAAUUUCGUUCUGUUUCUGUUAUACCUAUUCCUGUGUCAGGGGUGGACACAUUGUUAUCCUCCCUUUCUGUCCGUUUUCUUUCUAUGCUUCUGUCUUCAUCUUUUUCCUCAGUCCCCCACCUCACUUAUUAUUAGGGUGAUGUGUAACGGACAAUGAUGGUCAUUUGCUUCCCAUGCCUGUCUGUUCCAACCUGAAGCUGCUCUUCUCUGCUUCCCCAUGAGGAGGGAGAUCAUACCAUUCUUUGACCUGAGGGAAACAAUUAAUUACCAAGGCAAAGGUUAAUUAUAUUACUGUAUUCUUGGCAAUUGCUUAUGAAUGGACCAUGGGGACCGUAAACAGUCUUAUUACACAGAAACACACUCGUGCACACAUACAUGCUACUGAUUUACACAACACAUUUACGGAUGUAUUUCUCACAUGUAAACCUGCACGCAUACAGUAUAUGAUUUGAAAACCUACAAAGGAGGCAGAUAUCAUAAUGUCCUUUUAAUGGCUGUUAUUAUGAUUAUUGCUGGUGUUAUGUUGUUGUUUUUUUUUAAACUGAAAAGGGAUUUCGAACUUUUGUCCUUUUUAAAGUAUGUUUUGCGUUUCAUUUUUUUUUUUCGCUUUGGGUGUGAAAAAUAAUUGGCUGUUAUCUCUUUCUGAAAUCUAUUUUUCCCUGAAUCUUAUAAGGAAUUAUUUUACAAGAUCAUUAAAAUAUAUGGCUAGAUUGUCAAGAGAAAUGAGCUAUGGACGGUUUUAGUCUAUGUAUAUGCUUAUGGUAUAAUAAAUUAAACAAUUAACAAAAACAGAAUUAUAUGCAUAUAUAUUAAAUAAAAUUCCUGAU